CUCUCUCUCUCUCUCUCUCUCUCUCUCUCUCUCUCUCCUGCAAAUUGAUAUCCCCUGGCUUUCCGCUUCCUCUUUCCCCUUGGAUUGGAUCCUCGGAUGACCUGCAUUAAUAGCCCCAAAGAUCGCUUCUUGGGGAUAGGGGGUGCGAAUUCGCCGAAACGUUGUCUUUUUUGGUAUUCGCUGCCGGAAUAGCCCUAAAGAUUUUGAUUCUGGUUGUUCUGUGACUGCGAUCUCUGGUUGCAGCGCAGAGACUCAAGUUUUUCGCCUCCUCUUUGGUGUAUUCGAAGCUUUUGAAGCCCAAGGUCGCAUCUUUACAAGGUUUCGUGAGGGUGAGACAGAGAGAGAGGGAGGGUUGGGAAGGGGAAGCCGACAAGGGAUUCGAUGGGGAGGGUGAAACUGAAGAUAAAGAGAUUGGAGAAUAGCAGCAGUCGGCAGGUCACUUAUUCCAAGAGGAAAGCGGGAAUACUGAAGAAGGCGAAGGAGCUGUCGAUAUUGUGUGACAUCGAUCUUGUCCUUCUCAUGUUCGCGCCUAAUGGGAAGCCUACAAUAUGUGUUGGGGACCGCAGCAACAUUGAGGAGGUUGUUGCAAGGUUUGCUCAAGUAUCUCCACAGGAAAGGGCAAAAAGAAAAUUGGAGAGCCUUGAAGCUCUUAGAAAGACAUUCAAGAAGCUGGACCAUGAUGUUAAUAUCCAAGAGUUCCUGGGUUCAAGUACUCAAACAGUUGAGGAGCUCACUAAUCACUUGAGGUCAUUGCAUGGUCAAAUAUUAGAUGUGCAAAAAAGACUAAGUUAUUGGACCGAUCCAGAUAAGAUUAGUAACAUAGACCAUAUUAGGGCUAUGGAACAGUCUCUCAAGGAAUCUCUUAGCCGUAUUCAGGCGCAUAAGGAAAACUAUGGAAAGCAACUUAUUUCUUUAGAAUGCAGUGGCCAGUUCCAAAAUGACAUGCAUUUGUCCUCGGGAUUAGGCUGUGCGCAAGGAGCCUCACCAUUGCAAUGGCUUCAUAACAAUGAUGGUCAGCAAUUGAUGCUUCCACAAGAUGCUAAUUUGAUACCUCAGAGAGAUGUUGGCUGCUCCACAGACACAUCUCUUCAAAAUUAUCCUGCUUACUUCAGCACAGGAAAACAAACAGAUGCAAAUGAGCCAGUUCAGGAGGAUUCCUUGCAUGAGUUUAGCCCAAAUGCAUGUUUGAGGCUUCAGCUAGGAGGACAAUACCCGUACCAGUCCUAUGGUCAGAAUUUGCUCAGUGAUAGAACAUUCAAGCCUGAUGCCGAAAAUAGUUUACAGGAAAGUACAAUAGAUUAUCAGGUGAAUCAGUUUGAGACACCCAGGUCUGGAUAUGAUGCUAGCUUCCAGAAUUGGGCUUCCACAUCUGGGACUUGUGGUGUUGCAAUAUACGAUGAGCAAUCAUAUACCCAACAACCCAACUAGACGAAGAACUGGAUCAUCUGCCCACCCUUCCUGAUGGAAGAGAGCAUCCCCAGGACUUCAUCCUUGGAAAUCCUUUUUCAAGUGAUAGAUGGCAGGACGUGCCGGUACUUGCUGACUUAAUCUCCUUCUUACAAUCUUAUUAACACCCGAUUGAUGGAACUGUACAUUGUGAUUGUUAUAUAACGUGAGAUAGGAAAAAGGAUAUUUUCUUUUCUUUUUU